AUGGAAGAUCCUCACCCUUCCGCCCCACAGCUUUCCGAAUGGCUGUCAGCCCAACCCAAGAUCGCCCGCCAAGCCCUGAGCUUGCAAAUGCCCAAGCCCCAGCUCCUCACGGCCCCCCACCAUCAACUUCAUCUUUUUCGUCGACGAGGACUGGGUUUCACUACGAGCAGCCUUCCUCAGGAACUCAAGGAAUUGGCCGAGAAUCAAGAUUCAGAUGGAAGUGGUACUUGA